AUGGCCACAUUAUUUACGGCGCGGCGCAAACCCAAACGCAUUGUCCGAGACGAGCCAGAGUCCAAAGCAGACGACGCAGAAGAAGACUCCGGCCCCGUCGUGCGACGACCGACCACGAACACACCCAAGACGAAAUCCAAACUCCGAGUAUCCUUCAACCCUGGCGACGAAGAUGCUACGACCGUCACCACGAAGAACCCUACAGAGACCGGAGGAGCAGGAGAGGAGGCGGUAUCAUCACAAUCACAAUCACAAUCACAAUCACAAUCGUCGAGACCGUCGAGACUAGGUCUGUCAAGUGCGGCGCAAAGUCUAUUGCUCAACCGCACAUCACUGGGAUCAAGAGACGCCGUCCCUGGCGGCCAAGACCACGACAGAGACAGAAGCACAGACAGACCGACCUACAGCAAAGCAUAUCUCGAAGAACUGCGGAACUCGACGCCCACGACGCCGCGCGAGCUCUCGUCGUCACGCGAUCUCAGCCCAGCAUCGCUCGAUCUUGUCGAAAAAGGAACCGGCUCCGCCUCGGCGUCAUCUUCACAUACGGGCGCGCAUGGGCUCGCGCUCGACUUGGAAAGUAAAUUCGGCAAAGGCGCUACUUCUUCCUCCUCGCGGAUCCCCACGGCCGCCGAGAUCCGCGAGAAGAAAGAACGGCGUGCCCGCCUCGCCCAAGAACAGGCGGCGAAUGCCAUGACCACUACUGGCGACACGGGCGACGACGACGGGUUUAUCCCCUUAGAAGACUACGACUCAGACGGCGAAUUCAAACCCCGCCGCAUGCAAGUCGGCUCCUAUGUCCCUUCUUCGUCAUCACGGGAUAGAGAGAAAGACACGCGUCUAGUCCGGGACGACGAGGACUUUGCAGAAGGAUUCGACGAGUUCGUCGAAGACACCGGUCGCGUGACGCUGCUGUCGCGCAGGGCGCAGCGCGAACAGACGCUCAAGGAGCGCGAGGCCAUCCGCUCGCUGAUCGAAGAGGCAGAAAGAGGUGGCGGUGGCGGCGGGCAUUCAACCCUGUCCGAAGGAAACGGCGAUGAUUCCGACGAUCCUGGAUCCGAGUCCGACUCCGACUCCGAGUAUGAGCGACAUCAGCUGUACGAGUCGGCCCAGACACACCGUGCCAUGGACGGUCUGGCCGCGCACGCAGAACAUACACGCCAGGCCAAUCGGCCGCGACAGCCGCGACACACGACCCCCAUCCCCAAACUCAGUGUCGGCCUGGCCAGGUUGCGCGACAUGGUCUCGCGUCUGGAGUACGAACGGGCGCGCAUCGAGAAGCGUCGGGCGGAUAUUGUGCACGAAAAGGCCGACAUCAAGGCAAGCCAGGCGCAUAUCCAGUCCAGUCUGGAGGAGGCUGGGAGGGAAUUGGAACGAGUGACCAGCGAACAUUGGAGCAAGGCUCGAGGCGCGAAUGGCACCACCACCACCACCACCAUCACUACUCCUCCGGGCAGUACGACGAGUAAUGGUACUCCUGCUGAUGUCAAUGGACACCACGUGCAACUUCCUGUAACAACGACGACUACUGAGAGAGGCUUGGAAUCAUUCGGAAAUACCCCUGAAAAUACUGUCUAG